CUGCGAUUGCACGAUGGGUAAUUCGACACAAUCGCGCUGAGGUUCAGUGCGACUUACCGCAGCUGAUUACUAAACAGAACCAGUUGCGCCUACACUGCCCAUUAGGUUUUUCAUCCUUAUUCCAAAUUGAUAUUUUGAGGAGUUUCAAAUCAGUUUUCCAAUCUGCAAUUAGUAUUUGGAGAAAGAGCACAUUCAUCGAAAGGAUAGCAUAAGCAGGCAGCCAUGACAGACUAUAAGCAGGAGCAGGACAUGGAAAUUGAGGCUUUAGAAGCCAUUCUCAUGGAUGAUUUUAAAGAAAUUCAUUCUAGUGAGAGCGGCCUAAACACUUCAAACAGAUGCUUCCAGAUAACUCUGUGUCCUCAGGACGAUGAGGCAGAUGAAUCUACUGUCCCACCAGUUCAGUUGGGAUUAAUAUUCUCGCAUACAGAAAAUUAUCCUGAUGAACCUCCACUUAUCAGUCUCAAAAGUUUGAAAGGAGUCCCGUCUGGAGAUCUUAACGUUCUGAAAGAAAAGCUUGAAAAAGAGGCGGCUGAAAAUCUCGGUAUGGCAAUGGUCUACACAUUAGUAACAACAGCUAAAGAAUGGCUUUCUGAAAGAUUUGCACAAGAUGCUGGAGAUGAGGAUUCUGAGGAAGAUGAGGCUGCAAAAGACGAGAUUAUCGUGCCACAUGGAGAAGCUGUGACUGUCGAGACAUUUCUGGCGUGGAGAGAGAGGUUUGAAGCAGAAUUAGCACUUGAGAGAGCCAAGUUAAUGCCGGAUUCAGCACUUGCUGCGCCAAAGGAGAAAAAACUUACUGGCAGACAGUGGUUUGAAAGUGGACGAGCUAGCUCGAAAGGUGCAACACGUACUGCUGAGGGUUCUGAUGAAGAGGACGAAGAGGAUAUUGAUUUCGACGAUGAUGACUUUGAUGAUGAUGAAGAGGACAUGCUUGAGCACUAUCUCGCAGAAAAAUCAGACACAUCUGCACAUUCUUCAAAACGAGCCAAUUAAGUGAAAAAAAAUGGCGUAAUAUGAAUUUGGAUGAUUAGUGCCAUUAAAGCUUGAUUUGAAAAGGAGUUAUAUACACGGGAGUUGAGUGCACAUUUAGAUCAUACUCAUAUCAAAGGCCAGCUUGCUUGAAAUAGAAAAAUUCGCGGGUACAAAGUCCGUUUGUUGCCGAUUAAACGAGCCUGUUGCCUUUUUUAGACUAUUCAAUGCAAAUCUUGUUGUAUUAAGAAAAUUUUGUGUGUUUCUAUUGAUUACUGAAUGGAGUAAAAACUACUUUCUUCCAACUCUUCUUUUUGUUGGCUCAGCUUCUAAAAGCUUUCCCAUGAUAUUUUUUGUAAGCCGUUUGAGAAAUCACAAGCUUUAACUUGAACUUGUUUAUGAGAACUUUGAUAUAUAUUUGUUUAUGAUUGAUGC